CCUGUCCCCUUUGACAGUGAAGCCUGCAGACACCUCUCCUACCAGCCAAUCCCCUAGCCACUGGGGUUGGAAUCACAGGCAGUCUGCUCACAGAAAAAGCACUCUUCAAGUUCUAGUAUCUCAGGCAGAAGUUUCUUAGGACCAUGGAGCUUCUUGUGAAUGUAAGAAAAUGGAUAGAAGAAAACAAAACUGCCUUUUUGCCACCUGUUUGCAAUAAGCUUAUGCAUCGCUAUCAAUUAAAUGUGAUGUUUGUUGGAGGGCCAAAUGAAAGGAAGGAUUAUCAUAUUGAAGAAGGAGAAGAGCUUUUUUACCAGGUUCAAGGGGAUAUGUGUUUGAAGAUAAUUGAAAAUGGGAAACAAAAAGAUGUUGUCAUCCGAGAAGGGGAGAUGUUCCUGCUACCUGCCAGGAUACCUCAUUCUCCUCAGCGAUAUGAAAACACUGUGGGUCUUGUGGUUGAGAGGGAAAGAUUAAAAACAGAAAUUGAUGGGCUAAGAUACUAUGUUGGAGAAUCAACUAAUGUCCUCUUUGAAAAAUGGUUUCACUGUGAAGAUCUUGGCACUCAACUUAUACCAAUAAUUCAAGAGUUUUUCAAUUCAAGGCAAUAUAAAACUGGAAAACCAAACCCAGAUGAACUCCUGAAAGAAACACCUUUCCCACUGAAUUCCACUUCUGUUAUGGAGCCAUUUUCCUUCUCAAGCUGGUUAAAUGAUCAUCGUGGUGAAAUAAAACAGAAGAAAUCCUUGAGUAUGUUUGGAAAUAACUUUGAAACAGAGGUUAUAGCUUAUGGACCAGGAACAACUGAGAAAAGUAAAAAGAAUUCGGAUAUCUGGAUAUGGCAGCUGGAGGGCAAAUCAACUGUUGCCAUGGAUGGCAAAACCCUGACUCUCUCUGCUGGUGACAGCCUGCUUGUCCGUGCCCAGUCUACGUACUGCUGGAAUAGAGAAGAAGAAUCUGUUGCUCUCUGCAUCGCUCAGGAUCCAAAACGCAAGCAGCCUUAUAAAUAACUUCUGUGUCAGUUGGCUUUGAGGAUAAUUAAGUUUUAACCUACCAAUCUUAAUUAUCUUUUACUCAAAAUUCCUGGAAAUUUGAAUACUCUAACACAAUGAUUAAAUGCAGUCAAGUGCUGUGCCAAAUGAAAGCUUUUCCCCCAAGUAGUUAAGUUUUAGCAAAGUUUAUAAUCAGUAUUUUUUUUUAAGAUCUAGUGGUUUGUUUGAUUUUAUCUAAAGGAAAUGACAACAUAUCCAAGUAGCAGGAUUACUUAUCUGAUAACACAUGAUACUAUCUACAAGAAAUUAGAGGCUUUUGAAAUGUAAGUCUCGGCCACAAGAGGUAGAAAAGGAGAUGGGACAGGUACUAUGAUACUACUUGGGUAACAGUUUUUAUUUCUUUGUAUCAGAUUUGUCAUUUGUAAUAAGCCAGUAGGACCCUAGCUACCCAGCCCAGCUUCCAGUAGGGAAGCUUUAAUUGGCAGAAGUUCAGAGGUCCUCUGAGAUCUUUGGCUAAAAGUUUGCUCGGUUUUUUUAAAGGCUUUAUCUGAUGCACUGCUUGAGAAUCUCAGUGCUUUGUGAAAGAGAGGAAGAUGUGUCAGUAAAAAGGGGAAGCUGUACCUGCAACAACACCAGGCAUCACUUAGACCACUUGCUACAGGUACAAGUUAUUCCCAGUUUCCCAGAUCCAGCACAGCAGUACCAAUCACAGUGGUCAGCAGUACCCCACACAUGCCAUGCUGGAUGCUGUGUGCAUACUACACUGAACAUAACACUGCAAUGGGUCUAAACAGGAGCACCUGGGUCAUGGAUGUGCUCCUGUGUAGCAGAACUCUCAAGUCAAAUAAGCCUUAAGAGGUAUGUUAGGGGAUAAGAGAGCAGAAAAAUUAUUAUAAUCAGUUUCUAUUAACUGCUGUUUCUUUUCAAACAAUGAAGUUUGUUGCAGAAAUAAUAAA